CCGACAACGGGCCGGACGACGACUAGACUCAAAAGCGCUUCCGUGAAAAUUCUGCACACGCCGUCGGUCGUCCUAUUGCACGGGAAACGGUUGCGAUCAAAGCGAGUGGAGCAGUCGUAGCAGUCGAGUCAGAAGCGUUGGUGUGUUCCGUGGUGUUUCGUGGAGAAAGCAGAGUUAUUACCUUUUUCUGAAAGUGUGGUUUUGCCCCUGAUCCUGGAGGAGAGAAGCGAAGUGCCCGGUGUUUGAGCGAGAGGAGUCGAAGAGUGUGCGAAAGAGUAAGAGAAGUUGAGAGGACGAGAGAGUGUGAGAGAGAGAGAAAAGCAGCGAGAAGCCCCGAGAGCACACACAGCCUACUGUGAAUUUUCUUUUCUGAACAACCCAGAACAACACAAAAGAACAGCACCAAGAUGAUGACGACAAACACUUGCUUCAAGUGUGACCGUCCCGGUCACUAUGCCCGCGACUGCCAGAACGUUGGUGGCGGCGGUGGCCGCGGAGUCGGUGGACCCCGUGACCGUCGGGACUUUGGCCGCCGGGAGAAGUGCUACAAGUGUAACCAGAUGGGACACUUUGCCCGUGACUGCAAGGAGGACCUGGACCGGUGCUACCGGUGCAACGGCAGUGGCCAUAUCGCGCGCGAUUGCAGCCUGUCCCCGGACGACUCGUGUUGCUACAACUGCAACCAGAGCGGCCAUCUGGCGCGCAACUGCCCGGAGAAGAGCGACCGCGACAUGAACGUGUCGUGCUACAACUGCAACAAGAGUGGCCACAUCUCGCGCAACUGUCCGUCCGGUGAUAAGUCGUGCUAUAGCUGUGGCAAGAUCGGCCACUUGAGUCGCGACUGCACAGAGAACAAGGGUCGGGAUUAGAAGUCGGGUUACUCGUCGUGGUGUGGCAGUAACAACAGCACUGCGGCGUAUUUCCGCUUGCCACAUCAGUCCUCCUCCUCCUCCUCUACGACGGCCGCAGCAGUAGCUGCGAAUGCAUCAUCAUCUCCGCAUCAGCAGCAGCAGCAGCAACAUCACCAUCAUCACCAGCAGCAGCAGCACAUGCAGCAACAGCAACAGUCGCAGAUGAACCAUCAUCAGCAACAGCCGCCGGCGCCACCACCUCACCACCAUCAUCAUCAUCCUCAUCAUUCGCAUCAUCCGGCGGCGUCGGCAGCCGGGCCACCAAUGCACGGUCUACAACACGGGCCGCCCCAUCUGCAUAACAUUGCCCACCAGCAGCAGCAGCAGCAGCAGAACCAUCAUCAUCCCCAGCAGCAGCAGCAGCAGCCACCACAGCAGGGUGGCCCCCCUCCCCACCAGCACUAUGCGCAUCCGCAUACCCAGCAGCAGCAGCAGCAGCUGACCUUUGCCGAGACGACCAAGUCAACUAUUCUUAAGACGGCGGCAGGGGUUGGUGGUGGUGGAGGGGCGGGCGCACCCGCGCCCCCUGGUGCCGGUUACGUGCUGCAAGACAACUACUACGGCACCGCAACGGCGGUGGCAGCUUCGUCGGCCGCUGCACUGAUCGGUCAUUCGCCGUACGGCGUCGGAACGGUCGUGCCACCGAUCGGGGCGGCAGCUGGCGCGACCGCUGGUGUGGUUGGUGGUGGUGCCGCGUGUGCUGCUGCCGCCAUAUCGGCCACCAAGCCUCGAUUCAAGCUCUAAACCGAGGCCACCGGAAGGGAAUACACAUACACACUUGUAUUCCCUUUUGUAUGGCAACAUCCGCAUGCCGUGCGCUCUAGUGCGAUGAUGAUAAUGCCUGCGACUCUAGGAUGAUGGCGUGAAGCGCGAACACAUAAAGAAGAAAGGUCAUCAUUAUUAUAGGGGGACAGGAGGAGCCGAGUACUGUGUGUUGGUAGGACUUGUAGCGGAAAGUAAGAAUAACACGACAGAAAGAGUCGAGACCCGGUAACUUUGAUUUAUUAUAAAGAAACAAAAAAACACUAUCCUUAAACAUUAUUGAUUAAAAGAAGCAAAAAUGAUGAAUACAAACAAAACACAAGUAAAAUCAACAAAACUAUGCGCAUUAUAUUAUACACACUCUCAAAAAACAAAGCAAGCGGAAGAGCAGCAGCAGCAGCGCAAACACACGCGCUACUAGCGUGUUUGAUCAUGAAGGUAACGGAAAAUGAUGGCAAACAGCAAACAAACAAGCAAGCAAAAGCCCCUAACUUCUUGUCUCUUAAGAUGGAAGACGUCCCCAUCAUAUCUCCCCUAUUCCCACUCGCUCGCUCUCUCUCUCUCUCUCUUGAAGUUGUUUCAACCUCUCGCCUCAAAGGAUCACGACGACAAAAUGUAUUAGCUUUACACAAACUGGUUCGGCCGGAAAAGAAAGAGAGAGAGGGAGAGCUGACUACCAUCCGGGGGGGUUGGAUAGAGAGAAGAGACUAUUUUAGGGGUUAAAUCUCAAGGAUUUCCUUUAAUUCAUUCUUGCUGAGCAGAGGACGCGAUCGCCCUCGUUUUUUUGAAGUUCUCUCCAAGGAACUUCUUCGUCACUAUAUUAACGCCUAUGUUUUCAAUGGGCACACACACAAACGGUCGAUUCGACGUUGAGAGAGGCUUAAAUUAAAUCAGUUUAACAGGCAAAAACUUUCGCAAAAGCAUAGGAUUAAUUGAACAGGAGGAGAACAAGCUCUCUCUCAGCGCUGGUAACUGAGGGACGCGGAGCAGAGAAGGAAGAGGACAAAGCCGGAAGUUGCGUCACAUUUGUCUGUAGUUUGCCACGUUUCUGUUAAGAACAGCGAAAUGGAAAGGUAUUACAUAGGGUGAGAGAGGAUCCCUUAUCUAAUGUCUCUCUAAAAACCUCUAAUGCAGGCAGUAGCAAGGCGGACAGAUAGGGAGAGAGAGACACGGUGGAGGGACAAAUGUGUUGUGUUGUUUCCUCACCAUUUUUGAAGAGUUAAAGGUCGUCGUAGUAGUGGUUAUGCCCCCUUCGAAAGCAUACCGAAGACUUUUUUUGUGCUGCAUCCUGGAAUGCAAAAGGCGCCGCAAGCAUAGACUGUCAGAAAGAGAGAGAGAGCGGGAAAGGUGCGUAUGAGUGUAGUAAGCAGCAACAGCAGCAGCAGCAGCAGCAGAAGAUUGGAGUUAAAUGAGAGGAAAUUGAAGAAUUUUGUAAUAGUGGUUAAUUUGAAUUAUUGUGAAAGCUGGCGGAAAAGAAAAACAAGAAAAACGUAAUCCUAACACGAAACAAACAAACACA